UGCAGCUGCGGGAAUCGCUCACUGCGAGGUCUCGAACAUCUCGCGAUAUUUGCCACGACUCCGUGAUUUAUCCAUCAGCUGAUCAUCAGAAAGCAAAGAGCUGGGAAGAUACACAAUUGAAAGAGGAAUAAACAUCUUUUUGCAGUUGUACUAUCGACUUAUUAAAGAAAUAUGGCAGAGACGGACUCAAAAUCGGCGCAGGAUCUCACAGCAUUGGUGCAGACAUUGCUGCAGCAGAUGCAGGAUAAAUUCCAGACAAUGUCAGACCAGAUCAUCGGGAGAAUUGAUGAAAUGAGCACCCGCAUCGAUGAUCUAGAGAAGAAUAUUGCAGACCUGAUGACUCAGGCGGGAGUGGAAGAGAUUGAAGGGGAGAACAAGGUCAAAGAGGGAGAGGCCUCCUAGUAGAGAAUCCUGAGUAGCAAAAACUAUCAACCCUCUUCAGGAGAAGCAAGAUUUUCUCUAUGGUGACUAACAUAUUUUGGUUUGAUGUGAUGCUUUUUUUAAUAUUUAGAAUUUAAAGUCAGUCCUAGUACUGUGACUAUGCUACCCUUUUUCCGUAAUGGAUUGCAAAGAACUUUUUAAACACGACAUCCAACUGUAGAACCGAACCCUGCGUUACUGUAAUAGCACUAGCCCAAGUGCCAACCUAACACCAUUCCUGUUAAAGUGAAUUUGUUGUUGAAUUAAAGUUGUUUCUUAAAA